AUGGCCGCUUCUACGGAGACUCCUGUUGAGGUCGAAAGUGCGGAAGCUGUGGAGGAUGGAGCAGAAGUUGCGGGCGCCGAUGGGGAGGAAGUAGGUGCGCCAACUUCAGACAACAAGGAAUCCACAUUUGUCGAGUUCUUAAAAUCGCCGAUCGUGGAAUUGGUUGUUGGCAGAGGCGAUGAGCAAACCACCGUCACUGCACAUCAAGCCAUACUGACGGCGAGCCCCUUUUUCAAAGACGCAAUCUCACAUUUCACUGACGAUGGCCCUCGUCGCAUCAUUUUGGAGGACGAGACGUUAGAUACCAUAGGCUGCUUCCUUCAAUAUCAGUACACCGGCGAAUAUUUUCCAAGACGCCUUGUCGCGCCGUCGGACGCACUCGAAACCCACCCUUCAAUUCCAGCCAUCGAUGACUCUGGCGAGCAGCUGCUGAAACAUGCGCGCAUAUACACCCUAGCCGAGAAACUCGGCCUGCAGAAGCUCAAGCAACUGGCCCACAGCAAGAUCCAUCGCAUCAACAGCACAGCGCGUGGCGAAAUCGCAUACGCCAGAUAUGUCUACGGCAAUACUCCCGCGGACGAUAUCGUUAUUCGAAAACCUGUUGCCGCCUUUUGGGCGACGAGGAGCCAUGUCCUGCGCCACGAGGCGGAGCAGGAGUUCAAAACCAUGUGUUUGGAAUACCCACAGUUUGGCUUCGAUGUGCUCAGCCUUGUGCUUGAUCAAAAGGAAAAGCGAAGUCACGACCGGGAGGCCGAAACGCCGGCCAAAGGUAGCGCACGAAAGAGAGCACGAACGCAGCUCUAA